AUGCACGCCCAGAUCAGGCUCCCCGCAAGGGGUACGAGGGCGCUUGCCCAGCGGCGUUUCAUUGCGACGACCCCCGCGCGUCUCCAGCAGGUUCCUCCGGUCGCCGCCGGCGCCGCGCAGGCGACCAUCAACGCCGCGCCCCGCAAGAGCGUCCUCCGCAGGCUCGUCUUCUGGACCGCUUUAGGCGCGCUUGUCUUCUACCCCACGUCGGCGCUGGUCUCGACGCACAACGAAAAGUACCGCGAUUUCUUCAUCAAGAUGCCUGGCGGCGAGUGGCUGGCGGACUAUGCGGACGAGCACGGCUGGGAGAACUUUGGACCCGGCACGAUCGCGCAGAUGGUCGCCAGGCUGACGAGCACGAGCUCGAGCGACAUCCAGGCCAAGCUUGAGUCGGCGAAGCGCGCGGCCGAGGCCAAGGCACACGAGGCCGCCACGAUUGGUCGCUCGUCGGCUGCCGACGUCCAGAAGCGCAUGCACGACGCAGCUGAGGCUGCCCGCGCCAAGGCUGGCGAGCUCGGCAAGCAGGCGACCGGCGCCGCGCACGACAUUCGCGAGAAGGCCGAGAAGGCCGCGGCCGGGGCCAAGGAGAAGGCGGACGCUGCCCGCGAGGUUGUUACUGAGAGCGCCAAGGACGCUGCCCAGACUACCAAGGGCGUCGGCAAGGCGGUCGUGCAGGACACCAAGGAGGCCGCCCAGGCGGCCGCCAACAAGAUCCAGGAGACUGUUGACGGCGCCGAGCAGGUGGCUCAGGAGGCGGUCUCGACCCACCGCUUCCCCGACACGGCCAAGCCUCGCGCACUCCGUCCCGAGACUGUCCAGCCCCAGAAGCGCUCGUACGAGGGUCAGGAGCAGUACGGCGAGAAGCUCCCCAUCGGCUUCGAGCCCCCUCCCGGAUUCUACGUUCCGCCUCCGCCGCCCAAGCCUAAGGGUGAGGAGGGCAAGCUGCCUCUCCUUGCGCCCAAGGUCAAGGACUUUGGUGUCGAGGAGCCGAUCAUCGGGCAGCUCGCGUCGACGAUCGACUCGCUCACCACCACGCUCGCGGGCGCGAAGGGUGCGCCGUCGGCUCAGGCGGCUGACAUUCUCUUCAAGGCGCAGAACGACCUGUCGGCGCUCAACGCACGUCUCGACGACGUCAAGAAGACUGAGCAGGCCCGUCUCCAGAACACCGUCGACGCCAAGACGCGCGAGUUUGAGGCGCAGCUCGCGAGCAAGGAGAAGGAGUGGAUCGCGGAUGAGGACAAGCUCAAGAACAACUGGGAGGCUGAGAGGGAGAAGAUGAUCAGCGGGUGGCGUGACGUUCUCGACGCCGAGCUUGAGGCGCAGCGCCACAACAUUGAGACGCGCCUCAAGGACGAGGUUGUGUCGCAGGGCAUUGAGUUGCAGCGUCGCUGGCUGCGUAGCAUCAAGUCGCAGGUCGAGACUGAGCGCGGGGGCCGCCUCGCCAAGCUCGACACGUUGACCACGAGCCUCAAGCAGCUCGAGCGCAUCACGCUCGACAACAGCGCCGCUCUCGACGACAACGUCAAGCUCCACAAGAUCUGGAGCGCGCUGCGUGCCGUUCAGUCCAAGGCGGACCGCGGCAACGUCUCGUUCGACGACGAGGUGCGCGUCCUCACGGCGCUCUCCACGCCGUCUGACCCAGACACCGCCACUGGCGACGACGCGGUCAUGCGCGCAGCUCUCUCCCAGCUCGAGGCGAGCGGCAUCCCCCAGACCGGCGUCAAGUCGUUCUCGGACCUGGCUUCCUGGUUCUCCACCUCGGUCGCGCCCCGCAUCCACGAGGCAUCUCUCGUCCCUGCCCCCGAGGACGCGACGGUCGCGAGCCACCUCGCAUCUACCGUCCUGUCCAAGAUCCUCUUCCGGCCAAAGGCUGGUCUCGUUUCGGGCUCGGACGUCGGCAGCGUGCUCGCCCGCGCCGAGUGGGCCCUCGGCGAGAAGGACCUCGACGCGGCCACGCGUGAGGUCAACUCGCUCACCGGAUGGCCCCGCAAGCUUGCCGAGGACUGGCUCCGCGAGGCGCGCCGCAAGCUCGAGGUCCAGCAGGCCCUCGACGUGUUUGCGACCGAGGCGACCCUGUCGUCCCUCCUGAUGGUCUAA